AAUACGACCUGCCGGAGUAGGUCGCGUCGUCGCGUCCACUCGAGCGACUCGAGUACGUCGAGUAAAUUUGCAAACACGCUCACACGCCACCGAAGCUCCUGAAGUUUUGGGUGAUCCCGUUGUCCCAUCUGGUUGUGCCGUUCGUUGUACCAGUUGUCUUGUGUCAUAAGCUGUGCAGUGCCAGCUGAACAAAAAGCAGCUUUACGUGUAUCCUGGUCAUGGUAUUGGCCGGAGUCUGCCAAGCUUACAAGCACAGGGGCUACGGGCUUUGCAGGCGCUUUGCGAAAUCUCGGUGGAGGAGAAUGUUCAGCACGGACGUUAGUUCUGGCAGUUCCUGCUCCACCAUCGCGGUGUGCCAGCUGACGUCGACGUCUGACAAGGCCGCUAAUUUUCAAGCGUGCUCCGAUCUAAUUCACCGUGCCAAGUCAAGAGGGGCGCAGAUGGUGUUCCUACCGGAGGCAAUGGACUUUCUGGCAGAGAAAAAGGCUCAGGCCUAUGAACUGGCGGAGCCACUGGACGGACCUCUGAUCGCCGAGUACAAGAGCCUCGCCAAGCGGCUCUCGGUCUGGCUGUCGCUCGGCAGCGUUCACAUCAAGGACGCCGACCAAGGCAACAAGGUGUCCAACACGCACGUGGUCAUCAACUCCGAGGGCAACAUUGUGGACACAUACAGCAAGGUGCACAUGUUUGACGUGGAUGUGCCCGGCGCACGGAUUAGGGAGUCCGACUACACUGCAGCGGGCACACGGAUCACUCGGCCAGUUGCAACGCCAGUCGGAAAAGUGGGACUCGGAAUCUGCUAUGACCUCAGGUUCCCCGAGUUCUCUCUCAGCCUCGCCAAGAUGGGCGCCGACAUCAUAACCUACCCUUCCGCAUUCACCGUGCCCACGGGUAUGGCCCACUGGGAGGUGAUCAUGCGGGCACGCGCCAUCGAGAGCCAGUGCUACGUCGUGUCUGCAGCCCAAGUUGGACAACACAACCCCAAGAGGUCCUCUUACGGACACGCACUCGUCGUCGAUCCCUGGGGCUGCGUCGUGGCACAGUGCUCGGAUGCCGUCGGGAUUGCGGUGGCAGAGAUAAACCUCGACUUGGUCGCGAAAGUUCGACAGGCCAUUCCAGUCUGGAACCACCGGAGGACCGACCUCUACGGCAACCUGUCACCGUGUUGGAGUGCUUCGGAGCAAGGACCUCCUAAGCAGCCCCAGUACCAGUUUGGUCAGGUAACGGUGCAGGCAGCUCACGUGUUCUACAAGUCUCCCCUGACAAUUGCAUUCGUCAACAAGAUGCCCGUCCUACCUGGUCAUGUUCUAGUCGCUCCUAUCCGCCCGGCGCUGCGACUCGCAGACCUGUCUGCGGAAGAGGUGCAGGACCUGUUCCUAGUCGUCCAGAGAGUGCAGGUUGCGGCAGAGAAACAGUUUGGUGCAUCGUCCUCUACCAUAGCUGUCCAGGACGGGCCAGACGCGGGCCGUUCCAUCGACCACAUUCAUGUGCACGUGCUGCCACGGAGACCCGGAGACUUCGCUCGAAACGACGAAGUGUAUGUGAAGCUUCAGGAAGACAAGAAGAACUUAAGGCCAAAGCGUUCUGACGAAGAAAUGGCAGCGGAAGCUGAACAGCUCGGAGCCCAUUUUUAAAUGUGCAGCCUUUGCCUUCUCCUCUCCAUUCAGCGUAUUCGUGGUGGUUACAGCUGCGAUGGAACAGUUCAUGGAUGCAGAGUCUAUAAUUAAACGGAAACUUUUAAGCCCGGAUAA